AUGAUGGUUUCGCACCAUUCUAAUGAUGCGAUGCGUGAGAUUCAGGAGGCUCAGAAGGAGCAUAGGGCAGCACUGGACAUGCUUACAAAGAAAUUAUCUCAGGUCGCCAUGUCGCUGGGAGAGCUGAGAGGAAAUGAAGGGAAGAUCCAUGCCACGGUGCAACCACCUGGGCGGGAGAACAUAAGCGAAGUCUCCCUGAGAUCAGGGAAGGUAUACCAGAGCCCCAGCUCACCUGCGGUACCCCCAGUAUCUAUGCCUGGAUCAAUCCAAGAAGAAGAAGGAGAGUCCAGUCCCCCUGAUCAAGCCAAAGGAAGAGACAAAUGCAAAGCGAAAAUGGGCGGCGAGACCUUAGGAGAAAGUCAAGGAGAAGAAGCUGAGAAGGUCAAGCCCUACCCAUAUCGUGGAAUGGUCACCAGGAAGAGAGACGCCAUGAUCAAUGUGGCCAUUCUGUUCAAGGAUGUGGAAGUCAAGGUGCCACUCUUGACGGCAUUAAAGAUGCUCCCAAUCAGCAAGUUUAUAAAGGACUAUCUGGCGGGGAAGGUCAAUGAAGAAGGGAGAAUGAUCACAGAGGAAAAUGUCUCUGCAGUGAUCCAGCGGAGCGACCUCCCAUCAAAGAAGACCGACCCAGGGAUGUUCACACUCCCAAUUUCGAUCGGAGAGAUUCAAGUGGAGCACUCAAUGUGUGAUUUGGGGGCGUCUAUCAAUGUUCUGCCGUAUUCCAUUAAUAAGAAGCUGGGAGAGGCCAAGCUCGUCGAUACUGACAUCUUAAUACAGCUGGCUGACAGGUCUUGCAUUCACCCGGAGGGAAUUCUGGAAGAUGUAAUAGUGAAGGUGAAUGAUUUUCUAUACCUAGCCGACUUCUUCGUCAUAAAAAUGACAAAACCAGCGGCGAAAGAGUCUAGUGGAGUCCUGUUGGGAAGACCGUUCCUGUCUACGGCCAGCACUAUAAUCGACAUCCGUAAUGGGACGAUCAGUUUGGAUUUCAAUGGAGAACAGUUUACAUUCAAUAUUGACAAAGCAAUGAAGAGACCAGCAGACAGUGAAAACGUGUAUUUGGUGGAUGUGACCGAGCCGCUGGUGCAGGAGUUCCUACAAAGGCAGUUCACAGACUCCGCCGCGGACAAGGGAGUUGAGAGAGAAAUCGCAGACUGGUAUGAGGCAAUGAAAGUGGGUGAAAUGGAUGAUCAAGCCAUAGCGAAGGCAGUGAUGGAUUUCUGA